CACAUUGUUGUAUUCGAAAACAACAGGAUAAUGACAAGCGUAACUGCGUUGAUCCGUCAUUCUGGUUUUUGGAACGAUCAGAACUGUUUUGUGAAUUACAAAAUUGAUGCUGUUGUAUUCAUUGAUAAUUGCAAUUACGAUGAGUUAGUUUGUACGAUUACAAAUCAAUUAGGCGUGGAUACUGUUAGGAAAACUAUUUCAAUAAAAUAUACUGUUGAAGGCGAUUUUCAACCAAUUGAAAUACACAACGAUAUGGGAGUUCGUGUGUACGUUGAGCUUAAGAGAGAAAAUAGAGUUUUGGGGAUGUAUCCAAUGUGCGUUAGUAUUCAUGAUUUGGAUGUUGAGGAUGGUGUAACUGGUAAUCUUAUUAUUGGAGAUGAUGUGCUGCAAAUUGGAUAUAGCGAGAAUCGGGAUGGUAUGAAAGUUUGUGAUUCUACUGUAAACGCUGUUGUUUUGUUUGGGAAUGAUAACAAUUUGGUAAUUUCGAAACCGGAAGCGAAAGGAGUUUUUGUCGAUCAAAUUUACCAGGAUAAGGAAACUUUGAAAAUUGUGACGACGAAAUACGCAAUUCGUGAAAGAUUCAAUUUCAAAACAGAGAGAUCGAAUGCUAUAAGCUACACUCUGGCAUGUUGGUCGCCGGAAUGUAAAUGGAAAUUCAGAGCGUCGAGAAUUGGGGAUUCUGAAAUGUUCAGGGUUAGAGCUUUCGAUGACGAACAUACAUGUCCGUUGAAGGACAAGGUGUAUUCACAAAGGCAGGCAACAAGUUGGUUUAUUGGAGAAGCGGUUGUGAAGGCGAAAAUAACUAACCAUAAAAGGAAGGUCACACCUGGGGAUAUAAUAGAUGAUGUUAAGAAUGAAUUCGGCGUAGAUGUUUCUUAUAUGAUGGCACGGAGAGCUAGAGAGAAGGCUAUAAAAGAUUUCAGAGGUGAUCCAGCUCAUUCAUACAAGAAGUUGCCGGCAUAUAUAUACAUACUUGAUAAAACGUAUCCUGGAUCGCUCGUUAAAAUGCAUAAAUCACCAGAAAAUGAGUUUAUGUAUUUGUUUGUAGCACUCAAAGCAUUCAUAAAGGGAUUCGAGUGUUGUAGACCAAUAGUUGUAGUGGAUGGUGCACAUCUUAAAUCAACGUAUAAUGGUACAUUUGUGUCGGCAAGUACUUUGGAUGGAGCAGGUAUGUGUAAUUCUAUUCUAUGAAUGUUUUUUUUAUAAAUACAACAUUAUGCUUAUUGAUUUGCAAAUAAAGCUGCUAAAAACAUACUCUGGAUGUAUUGCUGGUGUAAAUUUGUGAAUAUUAUAUGUUGAAAUACACUGUAAA